AUACUGUGAAUAAGGUAUAUGUGCAACUGCUACUUGCCAGUAUAGGUUCGGCAGUAGAGAUUGAACUUGGCUCUUCUGCCCAUCUAAUGGAACAACGUUCCUCCGAUCAAGUGUCACCAGCUGUGUUAAACAAAUUAAACAUUCGUCAUUUACGUGACCAUUGUCGGAAACAGCAAAUCUUAUUACUACUAUUAUGUUGUUUAAACGGAUCAUCGAAGGAAAAUCGAUGUUGAACACAAAUCCUAAGGAUAGGUCUCCAGAGAAAUGUUCGAGAAGGAAAUCGGAAUGCGAGGGUUGUGGCGAACAUUCUACUAUUCUGGAGGAAAUCACGAAGAUGGUUCUACUUGGAGUGGUUUUAUGGGCUGGAGUGACAUUCGGAAUUCAUGUCGCUCCAUAUCCUCUCAAUUUGAUAGUGUCUUCAGAAAUAAUACAUCCUCCUCCAUUGUAUGAUUAUCCUUUCCCGAGCGCACAAAUGUUGAAGAAGCUGCCGACUAUAACAGCCGCUGAUACAAAUAGGUCAAUCAGCAUGAGCAAACUAGUUAUAUCUAUGCUAGAUCGCCUGGAAACUAAUCUAGAUGCAGCAGAGAUAAGACCCAAACAAGGUUCUGCGGCUCAAGGCCUGGCGAUUGAUGGUCUUCCUUCAAACAACGCUAUGAAAUAUGAAAUGUCGUCUGCCAUUAUAACUAAAGCGUCCCAACAACUUGUUUGGACUAAAUGUGCAAGGUACGGUUUGCCAAAGGACGAAUGUGCGAGUUACAUUAGUACUUUAAACUUGAGGGAAAGUGAAUUUGGAGGUGAAUGCGCACAAUUAGAGAGAUUUACAUGUCGCUCGAAUAAGAUGUCGUCUAGAUAUAGAACAUUCGAUGGAUCUUGCAACAACCCAGUUAGAUCUUCUUGGGGUCAAGCACUUACUGGUUACAAACGGCUCCUACAUCCCAGAUACCAGGAUGGAAUAGAAGAACCUCGUCGCGCUGUUAGUUCCCAUGAGCUGCCAUCGGCUCGUCUGGUGAGCUCAGUUAUCGGAGAUAAUAUAGAUGUACCGGAUAACAAGAAAACUAUAACCCUACCGGUGUGGAGCCAAUUCAUCUUUCAUGAUCUGGUCCAUACUCCAGUGCGGAAGACUUACCAUACAGACAAGGCUAUCCGUUGCUGCGACAACUCCGGCUGGCCCCUCACACCGCGCUACCAACAUCCAAGCUGCAUGCCCAUCACAGUCUCUGACACUGACCCCAUGUACAAGGAACAGCGCGUCACCUGUAUGGAGUACACUCGUUCUGUCACUACCUACCGCGGAGACUGCACCUUUGGAGCUGCCGAACAGAUGAAUCAAGUGUCUCAUUUCCUGGACGGGUCCAAUAUCUACGGAUCCAACAGUCGUGAAGCUGCAGCUCUAAGAGAAAAGACUGGUGGUCUUUUGAAGACAUCUACCGUAGACGAUGAUGAGUUAUUGCCUCUAGCUAUCAAUCCCACUGAGAAAUGCCUCGUUGAUAACAAUAAUGAACCUUGUUACAACACAGGUGAUAUCCGUGCCAAUGUCCAUCCCUGGUUGGCUAGCCUUCAUACUCUGUUUGUCAGAGAACACAAUCGUAUAGCCAAAGCUCUGGCUAAUCUCAACCCUGGCUGGAAUUCUGAUAAGCUUUACCACGAGGCGAGAAGAAUUGUAGUGGCUGAGACACAGCAUAUCACAUACUCCCAAUGGCUACCGGCACUCACUGGUAAGGCUUUCGACGAGUUCUAUGAUAGCUACGACACAGGCUACAAUCAGGACGUUGACCCCACCAUUACAAACUCCUUCGCUACCGCCGCCUUUCACUUCGUAUACAGCCUCCUUGAUCAGGACAUUGAAUUGAUGGAUGACGUCAGCAAUGUGACGUCACACCGCCUGAGACACAGCUACUUCAAGCCGCAGUUGUUGGCUCAGAAGGACGGUGUGGAGAAAAUAUUGAGAGGAAUGGUCAAUCAGAGCCAGGGAUUGGACUUAAAUUAUGAUUACGAUCUUCGUCCGGGUUGGUUUGGUUCGCUGGAUGUCCUGGCUUUAUCGGCUCAGCGUGGACGUGAUCACGGUCUACCGGGGUAUGCGCACUACCGCGCCCUCUGCGGACUUCCUCUCCCCGGGACAUUCGACGCACUAACUGACGUCCUACCGGAAGAGGUUGUAACCAAACUGUCGCAAUUGUAUGAACAUCCUCACGAUAUAGAUUUGGUUGUCGGUUUAAUGGCAGAGGUACCACUUCCCGGUUCGUUGCUAGGACAUACGGCUACUUGUUUAAUAAAGGAGCAGUUAUGGCGUACUCGAGUGUCAGACCGCUACUUCUAUAGCCACAUGGGUGAAGCGGGCAGUUUUACUAAGAGACAGUUGGCGGAAGUGAGGAAGAGUUCUUUGAGCCGCCUCCUUUGUUACAAUACCAAGAUACAGACAGUCCCCAGGGAUGCUUUCCAAACUGUUGACGAAAGUAAUCCGUUGAUUUCUUGCUCGGACUUGAAGAAGAUGAAUCUCGAGGCCUGGCAGGAUCCCUCCCAACAACCUGAUAUAUUCACUAGAACCAAUACUUGGAUAAAGAACAAAGUGGCCAACGGCAACACUACUAAAUAGACUGUUAGAUUUAAUGUUGUAUUUAUUAAACUAGUCUGCGGCUUAAGUAUUGUUUUAUGUUAUUUAGUAAGUGUGACAAUGAGGAUUGUUUUAAAAUUAUUAUUAUGAGUUAUUUUGUGGGUAGAUUGACAUUUGGCCGCAGAUGUGAGUGGAGUCAGUAUUUGUGAGGUUUAUUUAGCCCUGUUAGGAGUGUUUAGCUAUUAGGAAUAUUUAGAUAUUAAGUUGUUUUACUCAAACAUUAAUAUUAUAGUUCGUAUAAAUGUAUACGGACGCCAUGUUGUACAGUGGCUGUGAUAACGUUUAGCCCGAUUCAGAAUAGUCCAUUAGACAUAGCAGUCUUAAAUGGCAGUGUGUUAGUAAUGGAGGAUUAAUCGAUACGUUUUUGUGAGAUUGUAUUUUAGACCGUAUUCAAAAGGUAACAAGAACAAUUUUCGCACAUUUGUAUAUAUAAUUUUUGAAAUUCAAUCUGCGUGAAAUAUAAUCAUUGUGAUGAUAGUGUGUUGAAAUAUAUUGAAUGCUUAAUUAACCAUUUCCAGUCCGGGCACAAUAUUUUAAUUAGUCUAGACACUGGAAUAUGGUACUUAUCCCAUUGGUUACAGAUGCGAAUUUCGCUUGUGUCAAUGAAUUUUUUGUUCCAUAUUUAAAUUUAUAUCAAAUGUGUUUUAAUUGUGAAAAUUAUUUACGGUUUGGAUACUUAACAACAUGAGACUAUUUUGUAUGAUCAGUGUUUAAAUCUAUUUUUUUUCCUUGCUAUUAAUUUCCUUGUAAUGUAUUGUGUUUGAAAAUGUUACUUAUUGAAUUUUAUGUGAAAUUUGUUUUUUCUACUCAACCAAAGACUGUACUGCAUCUUUAAUAGUUAAUUCUUUUACUCUUUACCGUUUUGAUAUAUAUAUGUUAAUUAUUUAUAAAUUAUUAAUACAUUUAUUUCGAGAAUUUAUACAAGCUAGUUUAAAUUGAUGUCACGUAUAAAAAAAACGUUUUUUUAAAGAGCCACGAACAAUUUAUAUAUAAACUAUUAUUAUUGUUUUGACAAAAUUUCCUUUUAAAUGAUCGUUUGUAACAGUAUCUUGCCUGUAGUAUAUUAACAAAAUGUCGGUACUUAUAUAUUUAAUAUUAUGUGUCUAUCUUGAAUUUAAAAUAAAGGAAUAUAAAAAAACA